UAUUGGAACGCUGGCCAUUGCGGCGCCGUGAGGCCUCUUCUCGUCGCCUCCGAACCCCAAACCGCCUCUUCUCCCGCUUAUCCGGCCCCACGCCCCCUUAUCCGGCCUCCGAUCCACGCCCGAAGGCCCGAGGAGAAGAGCUCCCCCCGCGCAGGUCCAAUUGGAGGGGCGACGUGGGCGAAGCAGGGCAGAAAUGACGACCCCCAACACAGUUGUUCCACGCAACUUCCGCCUUCUGGAGGAACUGGAAGCUGGCCAGAAGGGCGUUGGAGAUGGCACCAUUUCGUGGGGACUGGAGGAUGAUUCAGACAUGACCCUUACCAACUGGACUGGCAUGAUCAUAGGGCCACCUAGGACAAAUUUUGAGAAUCGGAUGUACUCAUUAAAGGUAGAUUGUGGUUCAAGAUACCCAGAUGAGCCCCCAAAUAUUCGCUUUAUCAGUCGGAUCAACAUGCAGGGAGUCAACAGCCAGACAGGAGUGGUGGAUCGUCGACAUGUGUCUGUACUUGAACGCUGGCAAAGAAAUUACACAAUCAAGACAGUGCUGCAAGAGUUGAGGCGCUUAAUGACCCAGAAGGAAAACAUGAAACUCACACAGCCACCCGAGGGCACAACCUUUUAGCUGGCCUGUUCAUCACACAGCCUCCCGAAGCCCAAAAACCCCUCCAGACGGCCGACAUACCUAACAUACCAAGCACCACCACCACCACCACUUCCACUACCACUACCACUACACAUCCUGGAAUCAGGAGAGGGGAUGCACCAAUGCGGCACCAUCGCUACUACCCAUGGGAUGCCACACGCUUGCUGGCCGACACACGUGCCAGCCAGCCAGACCUCCUUCAAGAUUAGGUAUCCAGGCUUUUUUGAGAGAAAAUUUCUUCCUCUGGGGUUGAAGCUUUUCAUCUAAAUGUAGACUUUGUGAGGGUUUUUGUGAAUCUUGAACAUUCAUUGUAUAGUGUGAGAUCCCCCCAAAAAAGAAUCGCUUUAUAGAAUGUGGAUUUUACUGAAUAUCUAGGCUGAUUAUCUUGCUCAUUGUCGAAGGGAUUUCUGGCUUUGUAUUGGGCAAAGGAAGUCAAGGUUGGUCAUCUUGAUAAAAGAAAGGUAAUGGGAAGUCAAGCUGGCCUUUCAGAGAGCAAAUCUUGUGGGGAAGUUUGUAGUUUCUCAAAGAUGGAGAAAAUUUAAAAUGCUUACCAACCAUUGUGCUUUGAAAUACUGAUGAAAAACUGUUCAUCACUGAUUGAUAAUGAUUUGUACCAAAGUUUAAGGAAGGAUUUUGUGAUAUUUAUACUUUUUCCCCUACAUUUGCAACUUCCCCAAAACCAAAGGCUAGGGCAGUGUCACAUGAAAAGGAGCAUGGUGUAUCGAUAUGAGCCUUUUGAAGGAGCCAUGUUACAAAUCCACAGCUUGUGUACACAGGGAUCUUGCCGUGUCCAUUCACCUCUUCAUACCUCGUCCAUAACUACUCCCCUGACGCUGUUUUUUGUUCCGUCUCAAAGAUUAAAUUCCGCAGCAGAUGCAUUAGGGCGGCAAGCAUGCAAACAGUGGCGCUUUGUGUUUAUCCAGCUGCAGCAGAGUACUGUCACGUCUCGCUUUCCCACAAGUCUCUCUCUCUUGUUUUGGAAGUUUACAAAAGUUCAUAUAUAUAUUGUAAUUUCUUAGAGCCCUUUACCCAUGCCUCCAUAAUAACAGUAUUAUGGAACUAUUAUCAAUUAAAUACACUUAUUGGAGUAUAUUGUAUGAAGGAAUGCAAAAUGAACACAUCUCACACAUGGCAUCCACCAAAAUAUUUAAGUUUCAGAUCUAGUUUUACUAUCUCUUUUCACCGUCUCACUUGAUCUAUACCUUUUUUGUUCUGUAUUGUUUUAUUUGUAUCAUCAAUGUUAUUACUUUUUUUUAUAUACAAAUAUAGGUUACAUCCUCAACCUUUCUGGACCCAUCCAUCCACGUGGCAUGUUGUUUGCCUUUGUUGGCAAGCACAUUAUUAUUAUUAUUAUUGAUAAUAUUGACUUUAAACUACCAUCACUUAGACAAGUGCAUUGUUAGGGAGGGGGCAACACUAGCAUUGUAGGGUCAAUAUUUUAGGAUUUUAGGGUAAAGUUACUGAUUUUUAUCAUGUUACAAUUUUCCUCCUGUAUUUUUACUUUUUUCAUUAUUAUUAAUUUAUUUAUUUUUUUCGUAAGGUUUCAUCAUAGCUUGUUUGUCCCCUUUCCCAUGGUUUUGUUCAAAGGCAAUGUAAGGAAUUAAAUUGUGAGAAGAAUGAUAAUAAAAAUUUCUACUCCAUA